AUGUUGAGGCAUUUUAUGCGGAUUGAAAUCGACAACGAUCUACUUACGGCAAUGGCAGAGCGAUGGCGCCCCGAAACCCAUACGUUCCACCUUCCGGAGGGGGAAAUGACGAUCACCCUCAAAGACGUUGCGAUCCUCACCGGGCUGCCGAUAACUGGAGAUGCCAUCAUCGAGAGCUCUACCAAACCCGAUGCAGGCUGGGGGCUGCUCAUUCUUGAUCGUAUAGGCUUUUACAUGCCGACCACCACACCAAUUCAAGGACGGGGGCAUCUACCGUUGAAUGCGGGACAAGUGUCGAUCCCGUGGCUCGUUGCUCACAUCCAAAACGAGGUUCAAAUAGGCCCAGACCCAUCGGAAGAUCAAGUGGAGCGCUAUGCACACAUCUACCUCAUUAGUUUGGUCGGUGGAUUCAUGUUCCCCGACAAGGCAAACAGGUGGAUUCAAGGCAUAUGGUUGCCAUUGCUCACCGGUGACUGGGAUACGGUCGUGGAAAGAGUUAGGGUCAGCCGUGUUAGCUGGCGUAUAUAG